UGCCCCAUCCUUGGUGUCAGUGGGGGGAGGAAUAGUGCCCCAUCCUUGGUGUCAGUGGGGGGAGGAAUAGUGCCCCAUCCUUGGUGUCAGUGGGGGGAGGAAUUGUGCCCCAUCGUUGGUGUCAGUGGGGGGAGGAAUCGUGCCCCAUCC